UCCACUUGAAAGCAGUUCAAAACAAUGUGCAUUACACGAUUGACUGUUUUCACAUUCAUAGCUACGUGUUUGAUUUCAUUUUUAGCCGCCGAGGAUGUGGCGGUGGCGCCCCUUCCCGAAUGGCUCGUAUAUUCCGUGCAACCCAAAUUGAACAUUCAAAUUUUGGAACCGCGCGGAAUUCAGAUUUGGUCCCGAUACAAAUCAAAAUAUUUAAGCUUCGGUGUUGAGUUAUAUGUGAAUCCAACUAACAGCGAUGGUGAAUCACCGUUAGAUUGUGAUCUAUGCCGAAAUGUUAGCCAGCCCAUUGAUGGGAAGUUUUUCAUUCAGGAUGAUCAUCUGCAGGUGAAACUGGGUGAUACUAUAAAGUACCGCGUAGUCAAAGUUAAGGCACAGGAAGUCAAACUGUCACCGUGGAAAUACGUUUUCGUUGAUCAGAAGCUAUUUUUCGACUCCCAAACCUACUGUGCUCCACAAUGCCAACGUUCGGAAGAAGCUGGGAAAAUUCGUUACCUAGAGCGGUUUCUGGAGAACAUGCUCUCCAACCACGAUGAAUUGGCACAUAUUUCGGAGCAAUUAUUCUUUCCUAUGGAUCAAGCCAACGUUUUUGUUGAUAACGCAGAGCGAUUCGUCAAGGCCCGUUUGUAUACGGUCGAUCAGUUGAGGCCUCUGGUAGAUCGAGUGAAAUAUUGCUACUUGGCAUCUGACGGAGUGGGAUUUCAAAUGCAUACAGUAUUGGAAAAGCUAAAAGUGCUAGAAGCUGCAAGAGAAGAGCUUGGUUUGUUGGACUUUGAUGAGUAUUUUAUUGUUCCUAGUCCGAGUGUAUCAGUGGAUGAAAAUUAAAUAUUAAAAAAAAGGUCCAAGUGAACAUAUACAUACUUCCCUAGCAGCACACAUGUUCCACAUAGGUUACUGUAACUUAUAUGUGACCGGAUUCAGUCACAGUCAAGUUGCUGCAACAGUUUUUGUCUGACUUGUGCUGCUCGGGUUGUAUAAUCUGCUAUAACUGCAUUAAAUUCAUAUUGUUUAGGGUCAAUUUAAGUGAAAAUACUCAACUGGCAUUACGUGACCUGAUUUUCGGAGCUCAUUUUUUCUUUGUUUCUUUAAAAUGCUCGAUGUCAAGCAUCAUAAAUUCAACGUUGGUUGAAUGCAAAUAUAACAUUUUUGUGAAAUUUAUUAAAUAGGGUAUCUGUUUCAUUAUUAAUAACAUGCUCCUAUGUCAAUAACAUUCGCAAAACAGGCUAUUUACGCUCAAUUUGUGUCGUGUUUCGAUGUUAUCCAACGUGCUCACUGCUGAAAAAAUCAUAAAAAUUAGGUAUAAAACAAAUUGCGCAUCAAUUCGUUGUUUUCAAAUGGUAUUGAUUUGGGUUCCUGGUAUGAAUUCAAGGAGCAGUUCUCCGAAAUAUACCAGUGAAUCUCUUUUAGACCUUUAAGAGUUUUAGACUUCCCCUAACAAAGACAAUGAAAAAAACUUUUAGACUUCUUUCAAAUCCGAACUUUCGAUAGAAUAUCCAGGUAGCAGAAGUUUAAGAAAACAAUCGACAGCAGUGCACAAAAAACAACAGUCCAGAAUAUAAACACAGUAACAAGUGACUUUUAUUAUCUACAUGAGAAAUGCAAUCAAAACAGUCCAAUAGUGUUGUGCAAGAGAGUUAUUCAUACGUGCUUGAUUUAAUGGCCCAUGACUUUUGUGGUUUUGAAUUUAUUCAAACAUUACUUUUGGCAUUAAAGACGACUGAGUUCGAACUCCGCUCCGGUACGGUCUAAUAAAAAAAAAUUUACUUGUUUAGUAGGUAA